GCCUCGUCAUUAACCAGAACGCUUCGGGUGGCGCGCUCGGGAUUGGUGGAGGCCAGCGUUGCUCCCGCCCCCUGUCCUGGGUGCGGGUCCACGAUUGGCUGGCGCAGGUAGAGCGUCUUCUUGGGCCUGGGAGGCGCAGACGAGGCCUGAGGCAGCGGCGCCAGGCAGUAUGGUUUGAAGUGGUGAACAUGGAUUUUUCUCGGCUUCACAUGUACAGUCCUCCCCAGUGUGUGCCAGAGAACACGGGCUACACGUAUGCACUCAGUUCCAGUUAUUCUUCGGAUGCUCUGGAUUUUGAGACCGAGCACAAAUUGGACCCUGUAUUUGAUUCUCCACGGAUGUCCCGCCGUAGUUUGCGCCUGGCUGCGACUGCAGGCACCCCGGGGGAUGGCCGGGCUGCGAGUGCCGAUGGCUGUGCCAACAACAUCAUCUCCCUAAAGAACAGAGCAGCCAAAACAGCAAAACAGUGCAGAACUGCAAACAAAUCAGCUUUUAGCAUCAACCACGUGUCAAGGGAGGUCACAUCCUCUGGCGUCAGCCACAGCAGCACUGCCAGCCUGCAGGACACUGUGACUCGACGGCCUCCCGUACUGGACGAGUCUUGGAUUCGUGAGCAGACCACAGUGGACCACUUCUGGGGUCUUGACGAUGAUGGUGAUCUUAAAGGUGGAAAUAAAGCUGCCAUUCAGGGAAACGGAGACCUGGCAGCAGCCGCCACCGCACACAACGGUUACACCUGCAGCGAAUGCAGCAUGCUCUCCGAGCGCAAGGACGCGCUCACGGCACACCCCGUAGCCCGUGGGCCCUUGUCAAGAGUUUAUUCUAGGGGCAGGAAUCAAAAACGACAGCAGGAGUCAUUGCAGGGAACCCCCUGACGUGGGCAGUCACUGCUGGGGCAUGCUCCCAGGUAAGCAGGUGAAGACAGCACCUUUCCAGCUUCCAGGGGCUGCGAUGCCCGGGGGGUUGGGACUCUGCCCUCAUGGCUGCCUGGCCCGGGAUCUCUCUCACCUGUGGCAGGAAAAGGCUGGGGCCCUUGGCUGGCCCAGGUGCUGCCUCGUUCUCAAGCCCUUGGCAUCUUGUCUUUCAAGCCCACGUCCUGCUGUGCUUGGAGGUGCUGGAAGCCUCAGGAGGGCAGGCCAGAUCUGUCUUAUCAACUCUUGAGCCUGGCUAUGCUGGGGACAUGGGGCGUUUGUCCAGUAUUAUUCAAGUAACUGAACGUAAUGAAGGAGGGCAACAGGAUGAAGGCCUCCACCCUUUCUGAGAUUUCUAGCAUCUUAUUUUUACCAUUUGUUUUCAUGGCCCUCACUUGUGGCUAUGUCUGCUGUGGUGUUAUGGACACUGCUAGUGCUAAUACAGCAUAGUAAGAAGGUAUGAAAGGGAAGGGAAAGGGCAGGAGUAAGGCUGCACAGGGGCUUCCCUCACUGAGCACGGUGCUUGCUUGGGUUCUUCUACGUAUACCAGCACUGCUGAGUGCCCACUCUGUACCAGGCACUGCUCAUGUAUGAUCAUGGCAGCCCCCUUUUUGCAGACAAGCAAACUGGGGCUUAGCCAGCUCAGGAGGCUCACAGGCAGGUGUGGGGCCUAGAGCUGAACCCAGGCAUCUGAUGUAGGUGCUCCCCUGAGCUGCCUGCCUCCCUGAGCACUUGGUACCCUAGGGCUCUGCACAGUGCUGCAUGUGAGGCCUCACGUAGUUCAUGCGAUGUGCACAAAGAUUUUGUGUAUUCAGGGUUUAAUGAGGCUAUGUUUUGAAGCAUGCCAUUGAUGGGCUGAACAUAACAUUUUUCUUAGAAUAAAAGCACAUUCUAUAAACUGUACGAUGGCAGAAUAAGGAGGAUCACAGAUAAUUGAGAGAACCUACAGAAACAUGCUAUUUUCCAAAGGCCUUUGCACGCAUGUUGUAGUAAAUGUGUCUCUUGAUGACUGGCUGGCAGUAUGCUGGCGGUCAGUGCCCAAGCUUAGCCGUGCAGUUGAGUGUAUCUUUAGAUGGAAAAGGCAUUGGUGUGGUGUGGGUUGUAGCUUUCCAAAACUCAUGGCACAUCCCAGGGGAUGUUGGUCUUGGGUGUUUGGGGGUAGAAGACAAGCCUCUCUAGGCUUCACAUCUGCUUGGCCUCUCAGACGAGGGCCAGGACUUGUGCAGCCUACACUAGUGUAUCGCCCUGUAUUAGAGUAAACACGUUUAUCAAAGAACAUUGGAAAAUCAGAGAGACACAAAAAGAAAAUGAAAAUCACCUACAAGGUGCCACAACAGGAAAAAAACACACUUCCAGAGAUUUACCCUCUACGUUCUUACAGUCAGAUUGUGUAAAUUGUUUGUAUAAUCAUGCUUGCUUAAAAUAAUUAUGGCUUUCCUAAAGUAUAAAUUUUCCCUCCACAUUUUCUUAAUUUUGUUUUUAUGUAUGUACUGAUUGUAACACUCACUGUAAAAUUUUUCAGUAGUAUAGAUAAAAUAAAUCCUUUCCCCACACCCAAUCCAUCUCCUCCUCAGGGAACCAUUGCUAAUGAUAGCUGAGUGGGAAUUCUUACACUUUGUGAAAUUAGGUAAAAUUCAAAUAACAUGAAAUUAACCAUUAACAAUUUUAAAGUGUGUGACUCAGCAGCAUUCAGCCUUCCGCCAGUGCUGCGUGCUGUCUGGAGUUCUUUAUGCACCUGCAGGACUAUGUGGUUUUGGCUCUGUCUUUCCUUAAAAUGCCAUCACGGUGUAUGCACAGUCUAGCAUCUCUUUUCAUUUUAUAUGUUAAUUGAGAUUGACUUUAUUCUUUUUGAUGCCUGUACAGUUUUUAAAAAUUUUGAGAUGGAGUCUUGCUCUGUUGUCCAGGCUGGAGUGCAGUGGCACGAUCUCAGUUCACUGUAACCUCCGCCUCCUGGGUUCAAGCAAUUCUCCUGCCUUGGCCUCCCAAGUAGCUGGGACUACAGAGUUGCACCACCACACCCAGCUAAUUUUUGUAUUUUCAGUAGAGAUGGUAUUUCACCAUGUUGGCCAGGCUGGUCUCAAACUCCUGACUUACCUCAAGUGAUAACGCCCACCUUGGCCUCCCAAAGUGCUGAAAUUAACGGGCAUGAACCACUGUGCUGGCUGCCUAUACAGUAUUGCUUAUGGCUCUAGCAAAUUUUAGGUUCUAAGUGAGCAUGCAGACUUUUUAUAUGUGUACACCAUUAAAAACGUUGUUUCUUUGGAUGUUUCCCUGUAUAUAUGUCUUUGUGAACAGUGCAAGCUUUUCUCCAGAGUAGACAAGCUAGAGGGAGAAUUGGCCUUGUCCACUUAAUGAUGUGCCCCUUCACUCGCCGUCCUCCACAGCUGGCCCUCGUGGAUGUCUCCUGUAGUAGGAUGCAGGUCCCCUUCUGGCCAAUUCUUCAUAAUUUUUGCUCUUUUAAAACGUUCCAUGACAUUUCAAUGUUUGUUUGAGAUGGGGUCUUGCUCUGUCACCCAGACUGGAGAGCAGUGGUGUGAUCACAGCUCACUGAGGCCUCAGACUCCUGGUCUCAAGUGAUCCUCCCACCUCAGCCUGCCUAUUAGCUACUACCCCCAGCUAUUUUUUGUUUUUUGUAGAGAUGGGGUUCUGCCAUGUUGCCCGGGUUGGCCUCAAACUCCUGGGUUCAAGUGAUCUACCUGCCUUGGCCUCCCAAAGUGCUGAGAUUACAGGCAUGAGCCACCUCACCCAGCCAAACUUCAGGAUUUUUAUUAUGAGUGAGACUGACCAUGGAUUCCCUCUUAAUAACAUGACUGGCUGUUGCCGACAGCCUCUCUCAAGUUGGUGCUAGAGUGUGAACUAAGCUGGCACCGUGCCCACUGCUUAGGCUUAUGUUUUCUUAGUAUAGGGUCCAGUUCACAAGUAGCUUCUCACUAUUGUUUUGAAAAUAAUAAAGCUCGUGGCCAGGUGCGGUGGCUCAAGCCUGUAAUCCCAGUACUUUGGGAGACCAAGGCGGGUGGAUCACGAGGUCAAGAGAUCGAGACUAUCUUGGUCAACAUGGUGAAACCCCGUCUCUACUAAAAGUACAAAAAAUUAGCUGGGCACAGUGGUGCAUGCCUGUAAUCCCAGCUACUCAGGAGGCUGAGGCAGGAGAAUUGCCUGAACCCAGGAGGCGGAGGUUGCAGUGAGCCGAGAUCGCGCCAUUGCACUCCAGCCUGGGUAACAAGAGCGAAACUCUGUCUCAAAAAAAAAAAAAGAAAGAAAAUAAUAAAGCUCUAAUUUUUUUAUUUCUUUAAAGUCACUGUAACUUGAGCUUCACCAUUUCCAGCUGGCCUUAUGCCACAGAUCUUUUUCUUUCCUUUUUUUUUUUUUUUUAGACAGGGUCUUACUCUGUUGCUCAGGCUGGAGUGCAGUGGUAUGAACACAGCUCACUGCAACCCCUGCCUUCCAGGCUCAAGCAAUCCUCCUGCCUCAGCUCCCCAGUAGCUGGGACUACAGGCGUGCGCUGCCACAUCUGGCUAAUUCUUAUAUUCUUUGUAGAGACGGUUUCACCACAUUGCCCAGGCUGGUCUCCAACUCCUGGGCUCAAGUGAUCUGCUCACCUCGGCCUCCCAAAGUGUUGGGAUUAUAGGCAUGAGCCACCACACCUUACCACUUGCCACAGAAGAUUUUUUUUGUUUUUUUUUUUGAGACGGAGUCUCACUCUGUUGCCAGGCUGGAGUGCAGUGGUGUGAUCUCGGCUCUCUACAACCUCCAACUCCCUAGUUCAAGUUAUUCUCCUGGCUCAGCCUCCCAAAUAGCUGGGAUUAUAGGCACAUGCCACCAUGCCCAGCUAAUUUUUUUGGUAUUUUUAGUAGAGAUGGGGUUUCAUCAUGUUGGCCAGGAUGGUCUAAAUCUCCUGACCUCGUCAUCCGCCCACCUUGGCCUCUCAAAGUGCUGGGAUUACAGGUGUGAGCUGCCGCGCCCAGCCUGAACAGAUCUUUAAGUCACCAAGUCUUGCUAGGUUGGGAGUGUGAGGAGAGUAGCCUCAUCGGAAGCACUUCAUCAGGCAGACAGCUGAACCUGUUAAAUUUGUGGAAUAUCAUCCCACACAUUUAGAUUAGCAGAAAAAAACAUCAGGGAUCACAUUGUAUCAUUUUUACAUUGUGUCUUUUUUUUUUCCUCUUUAAGAUGGAGUUCUUCACCCAGGCUGGAGUGCAGUGGCACGAUCUUGGCUCACUAGAACCUCCACCUUCUGGUGUCAAGUGAUUCUCCUGCCUCAGCCUCCCAAAUAGCUGGGAUUACAGGCACAUACCACCACACCCGGCUAAUUUUUGCAUUUUUAGUAGAGAUGGGAUUUCACCAUGUUGGCCAGGCUGGUCUCAAACUCAUGACCUCAUGAUUCACCCGCCUCAGCCUCCCAAAGUGCAGGGAUUACAGUCAUGAACCACACGCCUGGCCCAACACAUUGUGUUUUCUAAAGUGAGAGGUGGCAUGUGCCUGUAGUCCUAGCUACUUGGGAGGUUGAGGCAGGCAGGUUACUUGAGCCCAGGAGGUCGAGGCUGCACUGAGCUGAGAUCAUACCACUGUACUCCAGCCUGGGCAACAGAGCAAGAUCCUGUCUCAAAUAAAUAGGUUGGGUACUUACUCAUACCUGUAAUCCCAGAUGUUUGGGAGGCAGAGGUGGGAGGAUCACAUGAGGUCUGGAGUUUGAGACCAGCCUGGGCAACAUAUGAAGACCCCAUAUCUACAAAAGCAAAAACAAAUUAGCUGGGUAUGGUGACAUGUGCCGUACUCCCAGCUACUCAGAAGGCUGAGGUGGGAGGAUCGCAUGAACUCAGGAAGUUUGAGACCAGCCUGGGCAAUGCAGUGAGACCUCGUCUCAACGAAAAAUACAAAACAUCAGCUGGGCUUGGUGGCAAGCAUCUGUAAUCCCAACUACUUGAGGAGGCUGAGGUAGGAGGAUCACUUAGGCCCAGAGUUCAAGGCUGCAGUGAGCUAUGAUCAUGCCACUACUAGGCAACAGAGUGAGACCCUGUCCCUACAAAAAUUAAAAAUAAAAAUAAUAAACAGCAAAGGCGGUGAUUCUAGAGGUGAUUCUGGUGCUCCAGUGUACCCAUUCUCAAACUGGUGGGUUAGAGGCCAUGAAACAAAUGACUGUCAGUAUCUGAAUGUCGUGGUGUGUGCAUAAAUGGCAUUGGAGUGAAGCAGCCGCAGUUCGGGUACCCUGUAGACAAUUGCUAGUGAGUCAGUGCUUUGUAAAUUAUUGCUAGUGCGUCAGUGGAGCUGGCAGCCUCCCCCUGGGGGGUUACUUCGAGUGUCCCCUCCAGGGUCUACUGUCCACUGCCAGUUGGGCUCUUCCUGAGUGUCUUUGGUGUCCAUUCUAAAAGUGCUUUGCCUGAAAUGAAUAAUUUGGAUAUCUGACUUAUCAGGAAGUAAAUGUUGGCUUUAUGGGAAGAAAUAAUGCAUGUUCAUGGUUUUU